AAUUUUUUCUUGCAUUAGACGCAGAGUCGCGUCGCUGCUAGAUGGAGCCGGAUCGGAAGCGCCACUGCUGGGAAUGCCUCCGACGCAGCUUAGUCUGUGACUUUACGCAUCCUGCAUGUGAACGGUGCAUUGCUUCCGGAAUUGCCUGUCCUGGGUACAAAGAGACACAACCUCUAAGGCUGAAGUGGCUCCAGCCUGGGAAGGUCGAGUCUCGAAAAGCGAGGCGCACAAGGAAACUCGAUGAAAAGGCUAUAACAACGACAGAGAAAACAACAAUAAGUUUUGCGAAACCCCAUUACGAAUUAAAAACGGACGUUCAUACGCUCUUCCAAGCCUCGGAAUACUUCAAUGCCCGCAUAUUUCCCGGUAUACUCCCUAUCUUGGAGCUUGGCUCAAAUUGUGGGGUCUACCAGAUCUCGCCUCGAAUGUUUCAGAAUGGAAUGACACGACCCGAUUAUGUCCGACUUGGUCUAGUCUGUGCAUCCAUAAGCCAUCGGAUGAAUCAGACAAGAGACGAACCUCAGUCAAAAUCGCUGGCCAUGACCUUUUUUCACUACCGUGGCCUUAUCAUUCGGUCUCUCAACGAUGAUAUUGGCAUAGAUCAUAAGCGAAUGAGCAAUCUUGUUGUUGCAGGAAUUUUAACGCUUAUAAUCGUUGAUUCCCAGCAAGGUGCAUCCUCGUUCUGGCGAUACCACCUCCAGGGAGCCUGGAAGAUAAUUGCUCUGCGCGGUGGCAUGUGUUCAUUUGCUAAAUCGACCGGCGCAAUACCUUUGCUUCUUCUUUUAGCACGAAUCGCGGUGAUGGGGAAUACAUCAUCUCCUGCAUCAGACCUAGCUUUGACCCCUGUGCAUCUUGAGGAACUUGGUUUUGUGAUCGAACAAUAUGGCAAUAGGCUUUUCGCCUUUCAGGGACUCCCAACCCCUCUUUUCUCCGAGAUCAUUAAAAUCAAUUACGUCCGCAUGCGCGCCGCGAAAUCUAUGUCCGUGGUGACAGAUGACCUCAUCUAUGAGGCAUACGAAAUCCUGCAUCGUAUUGAGAGUUUUUCCCCAGAGCAAUGGACUGAGUCCAAGCCAUCAUCAAAAAGUGAAGAGUGGCUGCUUCUAGGAAAGGUGCAUCGGGCCGCUGUAGCUCUGUUCUGCAUCCACUCACUGCAGAGCGUAUCGGUGCUAUCUCAUAUUCCGCUUCAUAGAGAGAUCUGUGGUGCGCACGGCUGGAAUUUAUACAUUUUACUUAAGCAAGCAGUGUCAUCACCAUCGACAAAGCGAUUCAUGCUUUGGCCGCUGGUCGUCCUCGGUGUGGAGGCUGUGAACGGGGCUGUAGCCCUGCGUUCUUUCGUCCAAUGGCAACUGCCAGAGCUGUGCAGAGACACUGGCAUGCUUGCACCAUUGAUAGCGAGAGAUAUUCUCGAGAAGUUCUGGAACUCGGGAGAGACGGAUUGGGAUUCUUGCUUUGAUAGACCAUAUGCGUUCAUGAUGGAGCCUGCUGUGGAGGUUAGUAAACUGUCAUAGCGAUGAUUGGAGGUUGAUAUGGUCCUGCUUUAUUCUUUUUUAUGUAUUUAAAUAUGUUGCGUGGACUUUCAGAGAAGCCAAGGUGGUACUAAAACGCUGUCAGCCCUAAUCUCUGAGGGUUUUUGGUAAAUUUACUCCUGUUUGAUAUUUCUAACCACCC